AUGGAUGACGUGCCACUCCACGCGCAUCUGGAGAAACGUGCACAAGAUGCCUCGGCCUCUGUCCGACCACGCCAUCAAUGGCAAGCAGCGACUGCUUUGCAACGAGAGCAGGAAUCUACACAAGUGACACGCCCAUCCAGAAGAGUGACGUCAGCCAAUUGUCUAAGCUCCAGUAGCUUUUUUCCGCCUCGAACGACUUCUUCGCGUUCAAACAAGAGCUUCUUUUUAGUAAUUAUGGGGAAGUCUAAUGCGCCUCCGCAAUGGACAGGGAAAUCCAUUUGCAAGUUAUCGCUACACAGGCGCCGCGUAAAUCCCAUGAAUCUAGGCUACGGUCUUGAACAUCUACCGUUCCUGUUUCUCUACGCAUUCUCAUUGUACCAUUGUUAUUUAACGGUUGGUGAACCCUAUGCUCAGGCCAUAAGGGAACGAGAGGAACAAGGACUAGCUGUCCCUAGCUCUACAGAUGUCACUAUACCGGGGGAGGACGGAGGCCUUGCUGCAGCUAUGUUGUCUCAAGGAAUUGUUCGAGAAGUGUCGCUCGCUGCGCCUUCUAUCAACGAUACAGUCAUUCUGCAGGAAGAAAAUGAAAGUGCUCCAUUGCCGAACCCUUUUUUACCUGGUAUUUUGCCACUGCUGUAUCUUUUGGGCACAAUCAUGGCGCAUGGCCUCUUGCUACUGUUCCAGGUUUGGUCCGUCCGCUUCAAGGCGUUCAUUAGGUACACAUCCGUGUCUUGCCUUGACGACGCGACUUUUGUUAUGGUGGUACCACGCUCUUUUAAAGGCAAAAGUAGCAUCGUGGAGAUUGUUCGACCAAAGCACACGGAUGGAACGUCUGCUGGGCGACCGUACUUUGUGUUUCAAAAGCACAAGUAUAUUGCAGAAGAAGAAGAAGGAGACAAAGGAAAUGUGAUGUUUCGAAAGUUGAAAGCUCCGACGACGGAAACUAUCAAGUUUUACCUGGAAUCGUGUGGGCUGCGCUCCGAACAGGAGAUCGAAGCCCAGCUGGAUAUUUACGGCAAGAAUGAAUUUAGCAUCCCACAACCAAAUUUUGUUGACAUGUUCAAGCAGCAAUUGCUCGAGCCAUUGACAGUGUUCCAGAUCUUUAGUGUUUGUCUCUAUAUGCUCGAUGAGUACUGGCAGUACUCGCUCUUUACGCUUGCGAUGAUUCUAAUGUUUGAAGGUGUCACAGUCAUGAGUCGUCUCAAAAAUCUUCAAACGUUGCGUGGAAUGGGCAAUACUGCACAUGAAAUAUAUGUUUAUCGCAAGAAGACAUGGAAGAAGUUAAAGUCGGAUUUAGUGGUACCAGGUGACAUUAUAUCCAUCAAGCGGGAAACUAUCGGCGACCAAAUUAACAUGGUUCCAUGCGACUGCUUGCUGCUGGAUGGCACUGCUGUCUUGAACGAGGCUACGUUGACAGGCGAGAGUGUGCCACAGAUGAAGGAAGCGAUUGGCUCCAAGAUGAGUCGUGAGGAUCUGGCAGAGCAAUUGGACAUGAAGUCUGGUCACAAGGUUCACGUACUUUUUGGUGGAACAACCGUGAUGCAGGCUGAUACAUCGGCUGAAGGUAACUCAGGGUCGGUUUCAAUUCCACAUGCUCCAGACCAUGGAUGCACUGCAUACGUUCUGCGCACUGGCUUCAGCUCGUCGCAAGGCAAGCUGGUACGUAUGAUCGAAUUCUCUAGCGGAAAAGUAACGGGAAGCUCGUGGGAUGCUUAUGGUCUCGCGUUCCUGUUGCUUAUAUUUGCCCUACUCUCGUCAGGUUAUGUACUACGCCACGGAAUUGAACAGAAGGGAAAAAUCACGUUUGAAUUGCUUUUGCGCUGUGUGCUCAUCAUUACGAGCGUAAUUCCUGCGGAACUGCCAAUGCAGACAGCGAUGGCAGUAAAUUCGGCUUUGUUAAACUUGGUCAAAUUGUCGAUUUUUUGUACUGAGCCAUUCCGAAUUUCGCUGGCUGGCAAAGUGGACAUUUGCUUGUUUGAUAAGACUGGUACAUUGACCACAGACCAGCUCACGGCCGUUGGCGUUGUGUGCGAAGACACGACGGUGCCUACUGCUGCUACGCCAAAGAAUAAUGUACUUGGUCACGUGCCGAUGAUUGCGGCCAAUUUAGAUGCUACUCUAGUCCUAGCUGGCUGCCAGUCGCUGGUUCAGAUUGAUGGGAAGAUGGUUGGUGACCCAGUGGAGGAGGCCUCAAUUCGUGCCAUUGACUUUACAUAUGAUGCUUCAACGCGCUACUGCCAGGCAAAAAAGGACUUAGAGCGUGCGGGUGAGCGUCGUUGGGGACAGGGUAUAAAUCAGAAGGAUGUAUUUGUCCAAAUCAUGCAUCGAAACCAUUUUGUAUCGAAGCUGCAGCGCAUGAGUGUGGUUGCUAAAGUGCAUCUUGGUAACAAGGGCGUGCGCGUGCGAUCGCUCGUGAAGGGAAGCCCAGAGGCCAUCGAAAAGCUAUUGCGUCCUGAUAGCAUACCAGUGUGGUUUUGGCCGACAUACCAAAACCUUGCUCGUCGUGGUAUGCGUGUACUUGCCCUCGCGUACAAAGACAUUGGUGGCAGACACUCAGAGUCUGAGGUUGCUCAGCAGCCGCGCUCUUGGGCUGAAAGUGAUUUACUAUUUGCUGGAUUUGCUGUAUUUCAGUGCUUGGUUCGCAAGGAUAGUGGCGAGAUUAUUCAAGUGUUGAAGGACAGCUCGCACCAAGUUUCGAUGAUCACGGGCGAUGCGACGCUGACUGCGGUGCACGUCUCAAAGGAAGUUGGCAUCAUCACCCGUCCGGCCUUGAUACUGAGUGAGAGUUCGUCACGCGGUGACCCUUUAAAGUGGACGAGUGCUGUGGAUGACUCGGUAAUAGCACCGUAUAAGAGUGGUGACAUUGGUGUUCUUGUCAGAAAGUAUGAUCUGUGCGUGAAUGGCAAGACGCUCGUUGCUGCAGGCGAAAGGGACGAUGUAAUCUGGAAAAACUUGAAUAAUAUUCGAGUGUAUGCUCGCAUGACCCCCGAAUUAAAAGAACAAGUGUUGACUUUGUUGAAGACGCAUGGCCAUCAUACACUUAUGUGUGGCGAUGGUGGUAACGAUGUGGGUGCCUUAAAACAAGCACAUAUUGGUGUGGCAUUACUGGGUGGUUUUGGAUCGGCAAAUGCAGACAAGAGUGUGACGGGUUUAGCCAAGUACCAGAAGGGGAAUGUGGCUGCAGUUAGCACACGCGAUGACCUGAUGAAACUGCACGUAUCGGCGCUAAAGAAGCGUUUGGAACAGCAAAAUGUGAAUUCGGCUCAAUGCAAGGUUAAGCAGGAUUAUGUUGAGCUCAUUCUUAGCGAGCAAAAGAAGAAAAGUAUGGAGGCAAUUAAAAAAAAGCAGCAAGCGUUAGCAAAGAAGAACCCGAAACUAAAAAUCCUGACGAAGGAAGAGCAACAGGCUGAAAUGAAAAAGAAGCAGGAAGAUCUAGAGGCUGAUGUGCGUGCGCGUCAGGCUCGCGGUGAAUCGUUUGCGCGGAUGAAAGCAAUCGCGGCGUUCGCAAAGCGCGAAGCUGAGGAAAAGAGAAAGCUGCAAAUGGAACGCACGGGCUCUAAGGGAUUUGCUAACUUUGCCAAUAAUGCUGCCAUGGCGCAGUAUAUGGACGACUUUGAUGAUGGAGAGUUGCCAAUGGUGAAGCUUGGUGACGCGUCAAUUGCUUCUCCUUUUACAUCACGCGCUCCGUCAAUUAAAGGCUGCGUGGACAUUAUCCGCCAAGGUCGUUGUGCGCUUGUGACAACAAUGCAAAUGUAUCAGAUUCUGGCUGUUAAUUGCCUCAUCAGCUCAUAUUCGCUGUCUGUACUUUAUCUCGAUAAGGUAAAGUGGGCCAACUCUCAAAUGAUGGCACUGGGCAUGAUCUCGACCGUUGCCAGUAUUACAUUGAGCCGAGCGACUCCACUUGACAAGCUGUCUCCUGUGCGUCCACUGACGUCGAUCUUCCAACCCGCGCUUUUUAUGAGUCUUGCUGGCCAGUUCUUGCUGCACUUAGGAUGUAUGAUCUACCUUACAAAUCUUGCCAAGGAAUACACACCCCAAGGUGAUACCACCCACUCGAAGCCUGGGGAUUUUCAGCCAAAUGUAAUGAGCACAGUCAUUUUUCUGAUCAAUGGCGUGCAGACUGUCAGUGUAUGCGCGGUGAAUUACAAGGGUCGACCAUUUAUGAAGCCCAUGACGGAGAACCCAGGUCUACUUUACUCACUCGGCAUCAGCAUCGUUGGAGUCUUUUUGCUUUGCACAGAACGGAUGCCUGUCUUAAACAAAGUGUUACAGAUUGUGCCAAUGCCAGACCAGCGAUUCACGCGCAUCCUCACUGGUCUGCUCACUCUUGAAGUGCUUGGUGCUUUUGCGUGGGACCAAUUUUGUUUGCUCAUGUUUGCGCCUAAGAUCUUUCUUGCCUCCAUACGUGCCUUGACGUUCAAAGAUGUGCGGCAACUUCUUAAAAUGACAGCCAUAUCGCUGGUAAUCAUUUACAUUCUCGCCAACAUCGACUACGAUGAAAUUGAGCGCCAACAGCAGCUUUUAGAAGCGCAGCGUGCUCACGAAGUCAGUAGCUAG